AUGCAGGGCGCGCAGGCAGGUCUGUUGCUUGUGCUGCUCGCGGCGGCCGUGGCGACAGCGCGAGGGUCCCCGCCAGCCAACGCAGAGGCAGGCGCGGCGCCUCGCGACAGCACCUACCGCCUGCCGGGUGACGUGGUGCCUGCGCAUUACGCCGUCCACAUCGCCCCGCGCAGGCCGGGCAGCAGCGCCACGGAUCAGCUCUACUUCGACGGAACCGUGGACAUCACGGCGCACGUCGUCAGAGACAUCUCCACCAUUGUCAUGCACGCCUCCAAUAACAUAGUGCGUAAAGGAAUUCUUAUGGACCUAACUUAUGCGAAGAAUACAGAAAAGGAAUUCCUUACUAUCUAUCUAUUCGAUACUCUAAAAGAGAAGGAAGAAAUCAACAUACAAAUAACAUACACUGGAAAAUUUCCAGAGAGAAUGGAAGGUUUUUACAAAAGUACCUAUAAUUAUAUCAACAACGUAGGAGAAGCAAAUACACGCGUUCUCUUCGCAACUCAGUUUGAACCAACUUAUGCCCGGAAAGCCUUUCCUGCCUUCGACGAACCGAGAUACAAGGCCACAUUUCAACUAUCAAUUGAUCCUCCUCCUGGAUUCAGUGCUCUCAGCAACACACCGGUAUAUGAUCGAAAAAUUAGAAAUGAGAAUGGAAGAAAAAUCGACACGAUCAUUUUCCAAGAAACGCCGAGGAUGUCGGUGUAUCUCUUGGCGUUCCUCGUGUACGAGGAGGACACCUACGCUCACACUGCAACAUCCGAAACCGACGUCCCUAUAACGUCGUGGGCACCGAAAGGAGACAUCGACGCCGGGCAGGCGCAGUUCAGUCAAAGCGAGACACCGAAGAUCCUGAGCGUGAUGGAGGAGUACACAGGCAUUCCCUUCGCCCAGGGAAACAUAGAGAAGAUCGACGAAGUGGCAAUCCCCGACUUCACCGCAGGCGCGAUGGAGAACUGGGGGCUGAUCACCUACCGCGAGGACACUUUGCUGGUUGACCCCGACCAGGGUACCGCGCACGACCGCCAGUACGUCUCCGAGGUCAUCUCGCACGAAAUCGCGCAUCAGUGGUUCGGAAACCUGGUCACCCCCAAACUGUGGGACUACGCGUGGUUGAGCGAGGGGUUCGCUCGAUAUUUUCAAUACUGGAUUCCCGGUCAG